GCUGCUUUCUUUGUAUGAAAAGUCCUCUAUAAAUAAAGUUGGGUUGAUUGAUUGAUUGAUUGAUUUAGAACAUGGAUUAAACUGGGAUUUUACAGCUGUAGUAAAAUGAAGCAGUAUGCCGUAUUGAGGUGAGGAACUGACACACUGUGGAGACAAAAAGACUUGUGACAGUUAUGACUCCAACCACUUCAAUGAACAUGAAACACUUAAUUAUGAAACCUGGAAGUUAUUUUUUCACCAGAUCCUCAAAUUUAAUCAACACAUUUAGGACCCUGAUUUAAUCCAACAAUUUUACAACUCUACAGUUUCAUUUUGCAGAUGCUUUUAUCCAAAUCAUCUAAGAAUCUAAUCCUGCCCGAUACUAAUUAGAAAUAUUGCCAAGUUCAAAUCAAUGCUCCCUCAAAGGAUUGGUGAGCACCUUGACCACAAACUUAUUUUCUCCUUUCACUUGCUUGAACACUGCAGUUGUCCGGUUCCAGUUGAUUCAGAACUCAGCAGCAAAAUUACUCACAUACACUCGAAGCAGGGAACACAUAUCUGGACAUCAGAGACUUUUAAAUCACCAUAGUCUAGGUCCACUCUUCAUCUGGGAACCUUUAACACCUUAUUCUGCACUUAGACCCCUCAGAUUUAACAAUCAGUUACCGAUAAAAUUCACAUGUCCAGAUUUUAAACAAUUAAAAGGGGCCAUGUUUUACCAUUUCAGCCCUAACACUCUGGAAGAAGCUCCCACUUCCAGCCAGACUGUCUUUACUGAUGUUUUAUUGUUCCUCUACAAUGCUUUUGACAUUUUAAUAUUUUGUAAACCACCUUGUGACUUCUAUUUUGAAAGGUGCAAAUAAAGUUUAUCACUGUUAUUGUUAUCUAACUUGAUCAUUCCCACAAUGAAAAUUAAAGCAAGAGAAAAGCCCUUCAAGCCACGACACGUAUCGACUUCCCCUUAAAAAAUAUAAUAGUGGUUUAAAGUCAAUAUUCACUGCCUUUAGGGAGAAACCGCAAAAGCAUAAAUCACUGUGACAUGGAUUUCUACCACAGAUUUGUAGAUACAAAUAGGCCUGUAAUAUAUUGUCAGUUUGCCCUCUUUCAUUUUCCCUGUGUGAGAUCAGUAAGGUUUUUUAGACAUAUUACUAGUGAAAAUUGAUUUUGUAUUUUAAUAAAUACAAACUGUCUCGCUUAGAAAUGUAUCAAGUUUUGAUUGCGUGACAGAAUCAGAAUUCUCAUGACAAAAGCACCCAGUAAAACAGGAACUAAGGAACUGAAAAAACGUGCUUAUAAACGACUACAGAGGGGAAACACCAGAGGCAGGAUAAAUCAAAAAUUCAAAAUGGCAAAUUAGGACCAUUAUAGAAAAGCGAAGUGUUUAAAGUGGGUGAGGGAGCUUGUGCUAUUUCAGUGGCAGUUCAGUUUAUCCUUGUUUUUUUAUAUUUAUUUUAUUUUUACAUUCUAAAUUGAUUAUACAUGUCUUUGGACUACAAUAACUAAAGGAUGCCUCACUGUUAGCUUUUGUUGUCACUGGAUCUAAUUAGAAGGCACUAAAAUUGGAUAAUUCAAAUCUUGUAUAUACAGUGUAUGAUGGAAUGAUUCAUGCAGACAAUAAAAUAUGUUCUUUGUAGAUAAAACACACUUAAUGUACAAUCUUCAUACAGUAAAUUGUGAAAUUGUGUUUUUCAUAAAUAGUUUUGGAUUCACAUACCUCUUCCCAUUAUUGCUUCUUCUUAACAGAAUGCCAUGUAAUUCUGAAAGUAGUCCUAUUCUAGCCACUGGAAUAUUCUUUUUUGAUGAGAAGCACCCGGACUUAUUCAGUUACAUUUAUGUGCCCACAUACUUUCUGUUGACUGUGAGUUAACUACAUGCUCAGUGAAGUAUAAAGACUUUGCAUUUGAAAUUUAACUGCAUAUGGCAAGGCGUCUCUUUCGGAUGUCAGUAACUUCCCCUUUCUUUAUGGCUGUGUUCAGUGACCUUGUUUUGCAACAGUUACUUGUUCAGCUGCCGUCUCUGAGUUCUGUCUGUAUGGGUCAGAGAAAGUCUUUUUAAUGGAGCAUUAAACUUGUGGUUACUGGGAGGAUUCUGGACAGGAGUGGAACAGACAUGAUGACGUUUACAAAAUGCAGGGUUGGUUUCAAAAACUUUUGAAAUCAAGAGCAACAACACCACGUGAACAAGAAUCCAAUACAAGGCAAAACUCAGAGACUUCUGUCCGCAGUGCAUUAACAUCAACUAUGCCUACAUCAGCGCUGCAGAAUUCAUCACUAGGGACAGCCCCUUCCAGACAACAGUUUGCUCUGGGGUCUGAGCUGAGAUGGCGGCGAAAGUAUGACGUGUUUGUGUGUCACAGCACUGCCCAUCCUGACAUUGAAGAAGCCACCCACCUGGUAUCGUUCCUUGAGGCUUCGCCCCACAGCCUCAGGUGCUUUCUGUGGCAGAGGGACACCUGUCCAGGAAGUGCAAUUUCCACAGAGUAUUGCGAGGCUGUGGAGAACAGCCACUUGCGGGCUCUGCUUAUCACUCCCAGCUUUGUUCAGGAUGGCUGGUGCAAUUACAUGAUGCACCAGGCUCUGGCAGAGGGACCUAUGUCUCGUAGGAUGAUUCCUCUGAUGAAGAACUUGGAGCGGUCCGAGUAUCCAAAAGAACUGCAGUUCUACUACUACAUUGACCUGAGCAAAGGCACUGACCGGGGAUAUGCACUUGUCAUCAAGUCUGUGAUCAGCUACUUGGAAGACCUGGUUGAAAAAGAGAGGCAACUGAAUUGCAGCAUAGACACUUCUAGCGGUGGAUUAGGCUAAGAAGACAGCCCAUUAAAAAUCAAGCUCAUGUGAUAGAACAAUUCCACUGGGGCUUCUAUUCCAGUGGAAGUGAUGCUGAACAGAAAUAAAAGCUUCACUGACAUUUGCAUUGAUCAUCAUCAACAGUAAUAUGAUGAAGGUUGAAGUCUCUGGAUGGAAAAACACUGCUGCUACCGACUGAAAUCACAUCAUGCAGUGAUGUGAAGCAAAAGUUAAGCUAAAAUGCAUUAUUUCACUAUGUCUGGCGCAUGCUAAUUACAGGGUGUGUGGGGAGGAUGUUCAUGCAGUGAACAGGAAACAUUUAUUUCCUGGCAGCAUCUAGGUUUAUUUCCCGUAUCAGAUUUACAGAAAUAGAGUUUGUGCUGACUGUUAAACACACACUCAGGAAAUCUGUGUCACCCAAUAUGUAACCUAUAAAUCAAACUAAUUGUGGCUCAGCAUUUGAAGGAGUUAGAAUAAAUUGUAAAGGCUACCAUUAUAGGGCACAGCAUUUGCCACUAGGUGGUGUCUGUACCUGUAUAUUCCAAGUGAGGAGAUGUCAGUCAUGGCUGUAUGAGGGGGGCAGAUGGGUGGAGGGAGAAUAAAAGUGAAAUGGAAAUAUCCACCCAUAACAAACUGUUGACAGCUGCAUGAUGUUUUUGUUGAACCAGACAAAUAUUAAUAGAUAAACUGUAGUUCUUAUUGAAAAAGAAGCAUCCUCAUGCUUCAUUUUUUAUUUUAUUUUUAUUUUUUAUUUUUGACAAAAUAUCGGGCAAGGUAAGAUAUCAGACUGAUGGUGUUCAUCUGCUGGUAUUAAUAUUUCUGACAAUCUGCCAAUUGGCUGGUUUCUCCCUGUGUGGAGGCUGUGUUCUUCCUGUGCAUGGGUUAGACUAAUUGGCGUCCCGAAGCAGUCCAUGCUAUGGUGAGCUGUCAAGGGCGAGCCCCGUCUCUCUGCCAAUGUCAGCCUGGAUAGCCUUCAGGCCCAGACAUCCCUCUGAAGGAUGAGCAGGUAUGACUAAUAAAGGGAUAGUUGGAACAAAGUCUGGUCAUGUUGAAAUAUUGGAAGUAACACCCGGCCUCCUCCCUCCGAAGAAUUUUUAGUUCUCUGUUCAUUAGAUGUUCUUGGCAGCCCCUUCUUUUGUAAAUCAAACAUUUUAGAUUGCUGGCAUUUGGUUCAUUCCUUAUAGAAUAUCAGAUAAUCAUUAAAUCAAGUGGAGCAUAUUGUUUGUCAUUCAAGAGCAUUAUUGAAUCAUUCAUAGCAGGCAUGAUUUCUUUUUUUGCAUAAUGUACUGUUAAGUUCCAAGAAGUGCUACAUGUUCCCUUUCUUCAGUUUUUUUUAUUAAUGGUGUAUCAUCCUCCCAUCCCCCUAAGCAACAUCUGACAUUUAGCACCACAAUAAAAGAACCUUGAUAAUCACUUCUUUUGUGGCAAGCCAACAAUGUAACAUAAAAUUUAGACUAAUCUCUGAAAGGCACAGAUGUUCAGCAAGGCUUUUGUUGUUACCAUUAUAAAUCCUCACACACACACACACACACACGCACACACGCACACACGCACAAUGAGAUAUUUGAAUGAUUCCUGAGUUCAGAGAAAAUACAUUUUGCAUGCAAAUGAUGCGAAAAAAACAACCUUAGUGUAACUUUUAUAUCCUCACAUCAUGUUUCUACCAGAUAUUGGGUCUUCUAUUCUCAGGUUAAAAGGCAACAAUCUGCAAUUUACUGACAUAUAAAUUUACAUUUGGUUAAACAGGAUAAAGUUCUGUCUAAUGUUAAUUUCAUUACUUAAAAUUUUCUUCUAAUAGAUUCGGCAGCCACCUUUCUUUCCAUGACCAAGAAGAGAAGUUGCCAAGACUAAACAGGAUUUGUUACUGACAUGACAUUGCUGAUAAAUAAAGAUGAGUCAGUCA